AUGCAGUGCUGUUUUCGGGGCUGGGUUGCAUAUCGUCGAAUCGGCGAGUGUUUGUCAAACAAGGCACGAUGCCAAGCGGCAAACAUUGUACCGCAGGAUGCCACCUCCCUGUUCGAGAGGACGCAUGGCGAGGGGUUGAGCAGUCUGAGUGAUGACAUCGCUUCAGUGCACAUGGCCCAAGGGAAGGGCAGUUCCUGUCUUCGAUCUUCGCUCUUGGGCGUGCUUGCCUACUUCCUGGGGGUGUUGACUGUUGUUUGCUUCGAUGCCGCCCGCGUCUCGCGCCGGGAAGGAGCAGGAAGCGUGCAGCCCUUCGAGACCUCAACCACCCAGGCCCUUCGGACCACGGAGGUGCCCGAACAUGGGUCCGAGUUCAGGCCAGAAUCGGAAGCAGAACCGCGAACCACGACAAGCACACCUGUGAGCACUACUGCGAAAGCAGGCGCCAAGGACAACGAGGAGCCAGUCCCGUCUCCGGAACUGCUGAAAUCUGCACUGCGCGUGCGACACCCGGGGCCUCACGGACUCAAGUUUAUCCACAUCAGCAAAACAGGCGGGACCUCCAUUGAGCAGUUGGGCAUCAACUUGCCUGAGCAAUUGCGCUGGGGCGCUUGGGAUCGCGAAGAGUACGGCUACCAGCAUGGGGCGUUCCGGUUCUUCCCGGCGACAAAGCGUGAAAAGUAUGAUUGGUUUUUGGUGAGCCGAAAUCCCGUGGACCGCUUCGUCUCAGAGUAUCACUGUGGCUUCGAGGGCGUGAACUACAUGCAAUCCAGAUUCCACACCGAGAAAGACUUCAACCAUUGGAUUCAGGGCAGGGUGCGUCAAGGAGGAACGCCCGGUGGCCAUUUUAUUACGAUGACAGACUACUUAGAUGCGGAUCCUAACGUCACCCAGCACAUCGUGCGCUAUGAGAAUCUGAAUGCAGAUCUGCGCUUUGUGCUCGGUCUGUACAACAUCACCUUUAAAAGAUUGCGGCAUGAUAACGGCGGAGGAAAGCGGAUGUUCAGAAGAGGUAACGUCAGCAACGAGACGCUUGCAUAUAUCCGUGCCUACUAUGCCGCGGACUUCGUCAACUUCGGUUACCCGUUGCCAUGA